AUGGAGAUCAACCACAUAAAGGAACUUCUCCAUAACAGGUUCCGAAUCAAGAACCUAGGAGAACUCAAAUACUUCCUAGGAUUGGAAGUAGCUAGAUCUAAAGGAGGGAUCCACUUAUGCCAAAGGAAAUACGCUCUAGAUAUACUGGAAGACACAGGAAUGUUGGGCUAUAAGCCUUCAUCUACUCCAUUUCUUAGUGACACAAGUUCCUUAUACAGAUUGGACAGCUUUCUAGAUGAUCCGGGCCCUUACAGAAGGCUAAUAGGGAAGUUAUUAUACCUCACAAACACUAGACCUGACCUGUGCUUUUCAGUUAAUUUACUCAGUCAAUUUGUUCAAUCACCUACUGAUUACCACUUUCGGGCCAUCCAACACAUUCUCAGGUACAUCAAAUCUAAGCCAUCUGAGGGGUUGUUUUUCCCUGCUGACUCUCCUAUACAACUAAAAGCAUUCAGUGAUUCAGACUGGGCCACAUGUCCCAAAACCAGAAGAUCCACAACAGGAUUCUGCAUCUUUCUAGGAUCUUCUCUCAUUUCAUGGAAAUCUAAGAAGCAGAGAACUGUCUCCAGAUCAUCUACUGAAGCUGAAUAUAGAGCUCUUGCAGCCACUAUGUGA